AUCAGCGGGUAGCAGUGGGAAAGAGGCUGGGGGUGCGGGAGCAGCGGGUGGCAGUAGGAGUCAGGCCAGGGGUGCGGGAGAAGCGAGUGGCAGUGAGAGAGAGGCCGGUGGUAGGAGGGCUGAGGCCAGGGCUGCGGGUGGCCAGAGGGACGAGGCCAGGAGUACGGCCACGGGUGGCAGCGAGGGUGAAGCCAGGAGUUCGAGUGCCAGUGGGGGUGAGGCUGGGGUUACAGGAGGAGCAUCUGGUAGAAGAGGGAAGCCUAGGAGUAGAGCGGCAACCUCAGGAGGAGAGAACAGUGAGCUUAGGGGUGCAGGAGCAGGGUGUGGCCCUGGGAGCCCCCCAGGAGCAGGGUGUGGCCCUGGGAGCCCCCCAGGAGCAGGGUGUGGCUCUGGGAGCCCCCCAGGAGUGGGGAGAGGGCCCGAGGGUGCAGCAUCAGCCGGAAGGGGAAGGGGAGGUGAGCCCAGGAGUGCAGGGAGGGCAGCAGAGAGAGCAGCACCAGCAGGAGAAAGGAGGGUUUAUCAGGGGUCUGCAGGAGAAAGGGGGCCUGAGGCCAGGCCUGCAGGAGGAGGUUCUCAGGCUGGGCGUGCAGGAGGAGGUGCUCAGGCUGGGCGUGCAGGAGCAGCCUGAGGAGCCAGAGUGGCUGAGCCCAGGUGUGCAAGAAGCCGGGGGGACCCUGAGUGUGCAGCAGCCACAGCGCAGGGAGGGGAGGCGGCGAGCAGCACAGGUGUAGGGAUGAGAGGGGUGAGCCCAGGAGCCUAGCACGAUCUCUGGCCCAGACUCUUAACAGUGUACGAGCACCAGCUGGUGAACCCAGGAGGGUGGCCUCAGCGCUGGCACCACCGCUAGCUGGGGAGCACAUCACCACCUUCAUCUCAUGAGCGUGGCAGUGCAGUGCCAUCACUGGAAGUCAGCAGGAGAAGGUGGGGUUGAGCCCAGCAGCGCCGUCCCUGGCCAGCGAGCCUGGAGAAGCCUGAGCAGCACCCAUAGGAGGGGCCUGGAGGGGUGAAUCCUGGAGUGUCGUGGCCAUAACACCGCUGCCAGUCUGGGUGGUUGGGAGUAUAGCAGCAACACCACCCUCAUUCAUGUACCGAGUCUGGGCACCCAUUGGCACCGCCCCAUUGCUACAGUGAGCUUUGCACUGUAAAGCCGCAUGCAGCGUGCCAGGUCAUGUACGCCAACAACAGCUGGAGCAUGCAGUGACUGGCAACAUGUAGCAGCAGCAUUUUACUAGCUUGGCGUAUAGCAGAAGCAGCGAUGCCUGGCAGCAUGCAGUGAGCCUGGCAGUGUCCUGCCGCAGCACUAUGCAGUGAACCUGGCAGCAUCCGCACAGCAGCAUCGCUAACAGUUUGGCCUUCUUGGAAUAUAACCGCAGCACCUUUCCCAUGCAGUGAGCCUGGCAGUUUAUACCCUCUCAGGCCUGGCAGCUUGUGAGCGCAGCAGCAGAGGAAGGAGGCGAUCCUGUGGGUACAGGGGCAGUGCUAUCGCCAGCCCAGCCAGAGAUGGUGGGGAGCCUGGAGGGCAGGAACUGGAGGUAGAAACUGACAGAGCAUUGGUCGGAAAUCCUUCCUCCUAUGCCCAAAUUUCAUCUUUCCCCCACGGAAAUGUCAGGGUACACCUGCCUCAUAGGCUAACGUGUGUGCGUAUGAAUAACAGACUGAGCCUGGCUGAGUCCAUGGGCUGGAGCAGCCAGGCCACCACCCUCGACGGACGUGCUGGUGAGUUGCAGGGCGCCAGCCUCGGGAUCGUGCUGGGACCCCCCAGGAAUCUUGCGCUCUGGAAGUGGAUGUGCUGGGAUUAGCGCCACUUUAGGACUUGGGGGUGGGCCCCCCCCCAGGCCUCUGUACAACUCAAAAGACUCUGGGGGAGGCUGAAACGGACUCUCUCCCCACCCCCUGGAAUAUCACCCCCAGCACUGCUGGAGCCCCUCCGCCCUCUGACGAACCCCCUGGGGGCAGGACCGCAAGGCCCAGACGGAGCAGCGUCCCAGCCUCAGACGCUGCCCUGUAGCAUGGACUCGGACGAGGGCACAGACUGGCUCCUGGAGCUCCUGACGGAGGUGCAGCUGCAGCAGUACUUCUUGCGCCUCCGCGACGACCUCAACGUCACCCGCCUCUCACACUUCGAGUACGUCAAAAAUGAGGAUCUGGAGAAGAUCGGCAUGGGGCGGCCUGGCCAGCGGCGGCUGUGGGAAGCCGUGAAGCGCAGGAAAGCCAUGUGCAAGCGCAAGUCGUGGAUGAGCAAGGUGUUCAGCGGGAGGCGCCCUGAGGCGGAGUUCCCGCCCCAGCCCCAGCCCACCUUCCCCAAGCUCUCCAGCCCACCGCCCGCCGAGGAGGGGCAGCAGGCCCUGACCUGCCUGAUCAGCGAGAGGGACCUGACGCUCUUUGAGAAGCUGGGGGAUGGCUCCUUCGGCGUGGUGCGGCGCGGCGAGUGGGGCACGCCCACCGGCAAGACGCUCAGCGUGGCUGUGAAGUGUCUCAAGACGGAAGUGCUGAGCCAGCCGGAGGCGCUGGAUGACUUCAUCCGGGAGGUGAAUGCCAUGCACUCUCUGGACCACCGCAACCUGAUCCGGCUCUACGGCGUGGUGCUCUCGCCCCCCAUGAAGAUGGUGACAGAGCUGGCCCCACUGGGCUCCCUGCUGGACCGGCUGCGAAAGAACCAGGGCCAUUUCCUCAUCUCCACGCUGUGCCAGUACGCUGUCCAGAUUGCCAAGGGCAUGGCCUUCCUGGAGUCCAAGCGCUUCAUCCACCGUGACCUGGCUGCCCGCAACAUCCUUCUGGCCUCCGCUGACCUGGUCAAGAUCGGCGACUUCGGGCUCAUGCGGGCGCUGCCCAAGAACGACGACCACUACGUCAUGCAGGAGCACCGCAAGGUGCCCUUCGCCUGGUGUGCUCCGGAGAGCCUGAAGACGCGCACCUUCUCGCACGCCAGCGAUACCUGGAUGUUCGGAGUCACCCUCUGGGAGAUGUUCACCUACGGGCAGGAGCCAUGGGUCGGCCUCAGCGGCAGCCAGAUCCUCCACAAGAUCGACAAGGAGGGCGAGCGGCUGCCGCGGCCCGAGGACUGCCCACAGGACAUCUACAAUGUCAUGCUGCAAUGCUGGGCGCACAAGCCCGAGGACCGGCCCACCUUCGUGGCCCUGCGCGACUUCCUGCUGGAGGCCCAACCCACAGACAUGAGGGCUCUGCAGGACGUGGAGGAGCCGGAGAAGCUGCACAUCCAGAUGAAUGACGUCAUCACAGUCAUCGAGGGCAGGGCUGAGAAUUAUUGGUGGCGGGGUCAGAAUAAGAGGACCCUUAAAGUGGGGCAGUUCCCCCGAAACACUGUGACCUCCGUGGCAGGGCUGUCGGCCCACGACAUCAGCCAGCCGCUAAAAAACAGCUUCAUCCACACUGGCCAUGGAGACACCAACCCCCAGCACUGCUGGGGCUUCCCCGAUAAGAUCGAUGAGCUGUACCUAGGAAACCCCAUGGACCCUCCCGAUGUGCUAGGUGUGGACCUGAACGCAGCCAGACCCACCCAGCUCCCGAGCCGGGCGAAAAGGGAGCCACCACCUCGGCCACCGCAGCCGACGAUCCUCCUUACUAAGCCCUCGUACGACCCCGUCAGCGAGGAGGACUACCUCUCCACAGGCCUCAAGCGGCUGUGCCUGAGGAAGCCGGGUCCCCCGAAGGGGCUGAAGCUGGCAAAGCCGUCGGCCUGGGUGUCGGGAACCAAGGUGGGCGAGCGGCAGCUGAGCAGGGCCAAGAGUGGGGGCCCCUCCUGUGGUGAGGCGCCGCUGAUUGACUUUGGGGAUGAGCCGCCCCCCGCCACCCCCUCGCCGGUCGGGGAGCUGAGUGCCCCAUCCCUUGCCAGGCUGGCCAUGGAGGCUUUCUCCCUGCUGGACAAGACACCCCCCCAGAGCCCCACGCGGGCACUGCCCCGGCCCCUCCACCCCACCCCAGUGGUGGACUGGGAUGCGCGGCCUCUGCCCCCGCCACCAGCCUACGACGACGUGGCGCAGGACGAGGCCGACUUCGAGGUGUGCUCCAUAAACAGCGUGGAGAGGCUGGUGGGGCGGCUGACCUGGGACGAGGACAAGAAGGCAGCAGAGGAGCGAGGCUCGGCGCCGCUGGAGGACAACCUCUUCCUGCCACCCCACGGGGCCAAGCAGCAGCAGCCCAGCCUGGCGCAGACCACUGAGAUCUUCCAGGAGCUGCAGCAGGAGUGCAUGAAGCGGCUGCACGUGCCCCGGAGCCCCGUGCCCGGCCCCAGCGAGGACAAGCCGCAGAUCCCGCCCCGUGUGCCCAUCCCGCCCCGGCCCCUGCGGAGGAAUGAGCCCGGGCGCUGGUCGGGGGAGCUGUCCCCGGCCUCGGGGGGCGAGGAGGACCAGCCACCCCAGAUCCCGCCCCGCGACCCCUUAUCCCAGCCCAGCUCCAGGACUCCCAGCCCCAUGGCACUGCAGGUGGGCUCCCCGCAGCAAAGGGCCAGCUUCUGCUCCCCCUUGGCCCUGGCCGCCUCCCUCUCCACCUCCCCAGGCAAGGCCAUGCCCACCACACAGAGCUUCGCCUCGGACCCCAAGUAUGCCACGCCCAAGGUCAUCCUGGCGCAGGACAAGGACAGCGCCAGGGGCCCCUGCAUCCUGCCCAUUGUCAAGAAUGGCCGGAAGGUGAGCAACACCCACUACUACCUGCUGCCCGAGCCCCCAGCCUACCUGCACAAGUACCAGAAGUUCUUCAAGGAAGCCCAGAGCCCUGCGGAGCCAGCGCCCCACAUGGUCAGCACCGCCACCGUCCGGCCCAUGGUGCAGCAGUCCAACUGCUCGGCCAACAACAGCAACCCCGGCCCCCGGGGGGCGCUCAGGGCCUCCUGCAGCAUCCAGAACAUCAUCUACGACAGCAACAGCGAUGGCUGCCGGGCCGCCGAGAAAGUGCGGCUGGUGCAGGAGAUGGUGCAUGGUGUGACCACCGAGGAGUGCCAGGCCGCCCUGCAGAACCACGGCUGGAACGUCCUGCGGGCCAUCCAGUAUCUGAAGGUGGAGCAGCUUUUCUGCCUGGGCCUGAAGACGAGGGGGGAGUGCCACAGGGUCCUAGAGAUGUUCGACUGGAACCUGGAGCAGGCCAGCUGCCACCUGCUGGACCCCACCAGGCAGAAGCGGUGACGGCAGAAGGCUGGGAAGCUGAGUCAGACCUAGAGCGGGCACCUCCCACCUCUGCGGUGCCUGCCCUCCUCGUUGGAAAGCCUGACCAGGGACUCGGGACUGGCGAGGGGCAGCCCCUGGGACCCCGCUGGGGGUUGCCCCAGAGCUCGCUGGAGAAUUGUUUUGUAAAGAGAAAUGUAAUUUUAAUAUAUAUAUAAAUGUUCUAUUGGAGAGGAA